UGGUGGGUAGUACAGGCGGCAAGACCGGGAGUGGCUCAGCAGGAGCGGGCGCCACGGGCCGCCGCUUCUGGCAAGCAUCUGCCCGCUAGCACCAAAACUCUGGGACGGUCAAGAUUAAAAUUAUAA